CGUUAUUAGUGAGUCACGGUCCUGACAGUAAACAGUUACUCUACUAACUGAUGCUAUUAUUACAGCUCACACAUUUAAAAGUUGUCAAAUGAAAACGAGGCGCUUGUUUGAGGCUUUUAUUUUGACGGCGGUACCUGUAUCCGGAAGACAGUAGAUGUAGCAAGAGUCAAAGGUCCUUUCUCCAGAGUUUGCCCGAGUUUUGUGUUUCAUCGAACUUUCCACCUUUGCGACUUCGUCCGUUACCGUUCGCGUUCCCUGCGUGGUGAUGUUUCGGGGUUUAUCCAGGUUUCUGAGGACCAACCCGGUUUCUGCCCAGAGAAGCAUGUCUCAUAGCAGUCUGGACGGGAAAGUAGCUAUUGUGACAGCCUCCACAGAUGGAAUCGGCCUGGCUGCAGCUCAGGCUCUGGGAAAGAGAGGGGCCCAUGUGGUCGUCAGCAGCCGGCGGCAGGCCAACGUGGACAAGGCUGUGGCUUUGCUGAAGAGCCAGAGCAUCCGAGUAAUUGGAACCACAUGUAAUGUAGGCAAAGGAGAGGACCGGGAGAAGCUGGUCCAACUGACUAUGGAACAAUAUGGGGGCAUUGACAUCCUGGUGUCCAACGCAGCGGUCAACCCGUUCGUUGGAAACAUCUUGGACUCCACAGAGGAGGUGUGGGACAAGAUUCUGUCUGUAAAUAUAAAAGCUGCCUUCCUCCUGACGAAGAUGGUGGUGCCUCAUAUGGAGAAGAGAGGAGGCGGAAACAUAAUAUUUGUGUCUUCAGUGGGUGGAUACCAACCAAUGCUGGGCCUGGGCCCCUACUGUGUGAGUAAGACGGCCCUGCUGGGUCUAACCAGGGCGCUGGCUCCUGAGCUGGCUCACAAUAACAUCAGGGUGAACUGCGUGGCCCCUGGAAUCAUCAAAACCCGCUUCAGUUCUGUAUUGUGGGAAAACGAAGACAGUAUGGAUGAGUUGAAAAGGCAGCUCAGCAUUAAGAGGAUUGGAGAACCUGAAGAGAUCGGAGGGACGAUCGCCUUUCUGUGCUCUGAUGACGCUUCCUACAUCACAGGAGAGACCGUCACGGUGACGGGAGGGAUGAGCUGUCGACUCUGAACCCUCUCUGACUUCAGACCCAUUUAUGAUUUUUCUUUUUCCGCCUGUGUGGGAGGGGAGGUGAAGGAGCGGAGGGCCCCUAAUCAGUAACGUUCCUGUUAUUGAUCAUUGUAUACAUUCACAAACAACUGUUAAAUACAGAAUAUUCCUACUAGAAAAAUAAUGUCCAGUUUUGGCGCCCUCUCUAGUGCAGCGCCCCCUAUGGGUUGCAAACAGUGCAUACCCACUUUUUGAGCCACUGCAUUCUGCAAUUGUAACUUAUGUCAUUUGAAUAAGUUAAAUCAAGAUUAAUAAUUACAUGCAGUUUUUCUAAAAUUUUAAAUUCAUAUCUUUCUAGUUUAAGGCAUGCUUUCAAUAUUUUUCUACUUUUUGCAUUCUGAUCUCAUUUAACAUGCAGAAAACGUCAAAUAAACACACUAAAUGAG